AUGCCGCGGAAGCCUCGUGGCGAGAUCACCGAAAUCACCGACCCGCGCUUGACAAAAGACCGGCCACCACUCAUUCAGCUACCUACAACAGUUCCAGAAUCUGGAAACAUCGUAUACUACUGA